ACCAGAAUGGAGGGGCUGGGACCUCAGCUUACCAAAGCUGUCCAUUGUUCCCUAUAGAUGGCCACCAACCCCAUUGGAAACCACAUGGACUCUCCUGAACCCCGAGUGCUACAGGGAGGCGAAGGUACUCCCAGCUGCCCUCAGAAGGGCGAGCCUUUCCCUGCAGACAGCUCAGACCUGUUGCAGGCAUGUCUGCAGCAGUUCCUGGUGACGGAGGCCCAGCUGCGACAGAUCCAGGCAAGCCUCCGGAGCUCCAUGGACCAGGCGCUGAAGGGCCCUGCCAGCCCCUGCCCUGCAGUGCGCAUGCUGCCUACCUACGUGGGCUCCAUCCCACACGGCACUGAAAAAGGUGACUUCGUGGUGCUGGAGCUGGGGGCCAAGGGCGCCUUCCUCCGUGUUCUCUGGGUGACUCUGAUGGGAACCGAGGGGCCCAGGAUGACAUCCCGGAGCCAAGAGUUCAUCAUUCCCCAGGAGGUGAUGCAGGGGCCAGGCCAGCAGCUCUUUGACUUCGCUGCUCGCUGCCUGUUGGAGUUUCUGGGCCCCCUUCCUGAGAUGGAGUACAAGUUGCAAUUGGGAUUCAGCUUCUCUUUCCCCUGUCAGCAGACAGCCCUUGACCAGAGCACACUCAUUUCCUGGACCAAGGGUUUCCGGUGCAGUGAUGUGGAAGGACGGGACGUGGUCCAGUUGCUGCGGGAAGCCCUGGAGAGGCAGGACCUAGUGAGUGGGAAGGGGUCAGUUCACGGGUCUAUGAACGUGGAUGUGGUCGCCGUGGUCAAUGACACAGUGGGCACCAUGAUGGGCUGUGAGCCUGGUUCUGGGCCCUGUGAGAUAGGCCUUGUUGUGGACACAGGCACCAAUGCAUGCUACAUGGAGGAGGCUGGCCACGUGGCCAUGCUGGAUGAGGACCGAGGCCGCGUGUGCAUCAGUGUUGAGUGGGGGUCCUUUGGCCAGGAUGGGGUGCUGGGCCCUGUGCUCACUCCCUUUGACCGCACCUUGGAUCUCGAAUCUCUGAACCCCGGAGCCCAGAGAUUUGAGAAGAUGAUUGGGGGUCUCUACCUGGGGGAACUGGUACGGUUGGCGCUGGUGCACUUGGCCCAAGCGGGGGUCCUGUUCGGUGGCUGCACCUCUUCUGCUCUGCUGACCCCAGGCAGCUUCAGGCUAGAGGACGUGGCGGAGAUGGAAGCCUCCUGGGCGCUGGAGCCCCACACAUGCGCCGUCCUGCAGCGCCUGGGCCUGAGUGUAGGAGCAGCAGACACGAUGUGGGUGCAACACCUGUGUGUGGUGGUGUGUGCACGGGCAGCCAGGCUUUGCGCUGCGGCCCUGGCCGCUGUCCUUUCCCGUCUCCAGCACAGCCGUGAGCAGCCAGGCCUCCAGCUCUCUGUGGCCAUUGGUGGCCGAGUGUUCGAGCAACUGCCCAGGUAUGAUGGAGUCCUUAAAGGUACUGUGGGGUUCCUGGUUCCAGAGUGCGAGGUCUCCUUCCACCGCUCUCUGGACGGCAGUGGCCAGGGUGUGGCGAUGGUGACCGCCGUGGCUGCCCGCCUCGCGGCCCACCAGCGCCUGCUGGCCUCCACCCUGGCACCUUUCCGGCUGAGCCGAGAGCAGCUGGCGUCUGUGCAGGAGCAGAUGCGUGAGGCCAUGGCCCGGGGUCUCCGAGGAGAGGCUUCGUCUCUUCGCAUGCUCCCCACUUAUGUCAGAGCCACACCUGAUGGCAGCGAGCGUGGGGACUUCCUGGCCCUGGAUCUUGGGGGCACCCACUUUCGAGUCCUCCUGGUGCACCUGGCGGCUGGGAGCGUGCAGAUCGCUCAACAGGUUUACUCUGUCCCUGAGCAUGUGGCCCAGGGCUCCGGACAGGAGCUCUUCGACCACAUCGUGGACUGCAUCGUGGACUUUCAGCAGCGGCAGGGCCUGAGCGGGCAGAGCCUCCCACUCGGUUUCACCUUUUCCUUUCCCUGCAGGCAGAUGGGCCUAGACCAGGGUAUCCUCCUGAACUGGACCAAGGGUUUUAAAGCCUCAGAUUGUGAGGGUCACGACGUGGUGCGUCUGCUUCGGGAAGCCAUUGAACGCAAACAGGGAGUGGAGCUGAAUGUGGUCGCCAUUGUCAAUGACACGGUGGGGACCAUGAUGUCCUGUGGCUACGAGGACCCCCAAUGUGAAGUCGGCCUCAUUGUUGGGACAGGUACCAAUGCUUGUUACAUGGAGGAACUUCAAAACAUGGCAGAAUUCCAGAAUGUGGCUGGCGCUGCUGGAGACUCAGGCCACAUGUGUAUCAACAUGGAAUGGGGUGCUUUUGGGGAUGAUGGCUCCCUGGAUACGCUCAGCACCAGAUUUGAUGCAAAUGUGGACCAGGCUUCCAUCAACCCCUACAAACAGAGGUUUGAGAAGAUGAUCAGUGGAAUGUACCUGGGAGAGAUCGUUCGCCAUGUGCUCCUGCACUUAACCAACCUUGGGGUUCUCUUCCGGGGCCAGGAGUCCCAGCGCCUUCAGGUUCAAGACAUCUUCAAGACCCAAUUUCUCUCUGAGAUUGAAAGUGACAGCCUGGCUCUGAGGCAGGUCCGCACCAUUCUGGAAGACCUGGGACUGGUGCUGACCUCCGACGACGCCCAGAUGGUAUUGGAGGUGUGCCAGGCGGUGUCUCGGCGGGCAGCCCAGCUCUGUGGGGCUGGUGUGGCUGCCGUGGUGGAGAAGAUCCGGGAGAACCGCGGCCUGGACAAGCUGGCAGUGUCAGUGGGCGUUGAUGGCACCCUCUACAAGAUGCACCCCCACUUCUCCAGCCUGGUGGCGGCCACUGUGCACGAGCUGGCCCCUCACUGCAAGGUUACUUUCCUGCAGUCUGAAGACGGGUCUGGCAAAGGGGCGGCCCUAGUCACUGCUGUCGCCUGCCGCCUGGCCUCUGUCACCCGGGUCUGAAGAAAUUGCUGGGAAGCAGCUACCCAUGACACCAGGACCCCCAGAUCUGCCUUGGACCCAGAUUCCCUCCCACCUUCUCCCCAGGGAGGGAGCACCAGGUUAA